CACAGUUGUUGUGUGCUUCACGCUCCUAGCCCAUGAGCCACCCUUUGUGAACACCUUGGCAUACCUUCGAGCAGCCGCUCAUUAUAUCCGCAGCUGGAGUAUCCGUUUUGCUGCUCAAACGACAGUGCGACCGGCGUGAUACUGGCGUAAAAAGGUGUCUCCAAGCUCGUGAUCCAAUUGCAGCAGUGCUGCUGAAGAAGAUGCCUUUCCUGAGCGCGCCGCUCAGAUGGCCUGAAGCACUCACGCAUCACUGGGACAACCCCCUUUUCGACCUCAUAGAGAGGUAUCGGGAUGAAAUCCCAAGCGAACAUCUGCGCUCCCUUCCAGCACCAGUGCUACUGAUCCUCCCAGUGCUCUUCGCGAUCCUUCUGGCGGCCGUUUUGAGUGCCGCCUUCCGCCCAACGUCAUAUAAGGUUCGCAUCGCCGUUGAGGCACGGAAAGGUCGCAAGGAGAAACGCACGACCGGUGCGCGGACUGUCCUUUUACUCGGAUCGACUGAGUCAGGAAAGACCAGCAUCUUUAGCGCAUUUGUGUAUGGCUCCGUGCCCAAGACGCACACGUCACAGCAUGAAAGCGAAGGUCACACCAUCCUUGGUCCGCCCCCGCCACUCGACGGCGAGAAAGGGACUUUGGCCGCGCCUCCUUCGCAGAGCGUUCCAAUUCAUCUCAUCGACCUGCCUGGUCACCCUCGUCUACGUGUUCGCGCAAACGAAUUUUUACCUGCUGCGGAUGCUAUCGUCUACUGCGUCGAUGCGACGCUCGCAGCAAGAGCAGCAACAGCUUCCGCGUCGCAAGCGGCAGUAGAGGGCCUCUCGGAUGCGAUUGACUUUUUUCACGCAACGUUAUGUGCGCUCGCCGCCCAUCGGCUGAAGAGCACGGCGAGCAAAAGUGCCCCGCCCUCCUUGCAAAUUCUCUUCACACGAUCCGACCUCUCGCCGUUGCUGGCUGGUGCAACCUCGACAGAUGCCGCACAGCUCGCAAAGCGCAAAGCGCAGCUCCUGCAACGUGCGAAAGCCGGAUUCGAAGCGGAGCUCGCCCGGCGCCGUGCAGCACUACAGAUCGGCAGACGCGGUGCAGGCGGUGCACCGCGCGUGACCAAGAUCGGCGGCAUUGGCGAGGUGCAAGGCGAUGGUAGCGUCGGUUCCAGCGGGGCGGGCGGCCUGCUUGCGAGGCUGAUGGCGCUGCUCGGCCUCCGCUCCGGGGUAUCUUCGAGGGGAGAAAAGAGCGGGCUCGGAGAUGACGAAGAGCACGAGGAAGAGGAGUUUGAUUAUGUCGAUUGGGCGAUGCUGCAGCGGCAGAGCCAAGGGAGCACGUCCCUAAGCGCAGUGGGCAGCUUCAGCCUGGACAAGCUCGACGAGGAGGUGGUUGAAGGCGGCAAAGCGCAGUGGGGCCUCAAUAGUCUGGGCAAGGAACGUGAUUGGCUUGGAGGCAGCGGCAUGAUCAAGGAAGGCAAGGAUGACCGCGACCUGCGCGCGUUCCUUACCAGCUUGUAAAAUCAAAGAAAGGCGCCCAAGCCAUGCAGCAUUUAUUGAAGAGUCAU